CCGAUUUGCCGGGGCGGCGCAUACGAUCUAAUUCAUUCGGCUGACCUGUGGAGAUUCAAGCCCGGCGCGAGAACGUCCGCUGCUCCUCUAUCUAACAACGCAUGGAAACGGCGAUACCCAUCUUCCCGCCCCCAGGCACAGGCCGUUGUGCGAGUGUUUCAAGACUAUCGACUACGCGCAUCUUCUGAUAAGCACCACGUAUAAAUGGGCCGUUUCGCGACCUUGGAGACCCAG